UCAGGGUGAGGCGAGGGCUUUUCGCCGCAUGGUCGAGAGAUAGGGCUCGUCGGAGCGCGUGUUCCCUGAGUGCCGUCCUUGUAUGGAGUACGGAUAGCAGAAUUCUCGAGGGUGCAGCGAAGUGAAUUCUCCGGAAUCUGAUACAGCGAAAUUUUACCGUGUCGUCUCUAUAUAUAUGUAUACAAAAAUGGUACAUAUGAUUAUAGGGCUAUCAUUGGUACGAUGCAUAGGAGAGAAGAGGAAGAGGCGACGAUGCACUCAGAGAGGGCCGAGGAGGGCGAUGAAAAGUUCGAGAGGGCGAAGAAAGGGCACGUGCAGUGGAAGAUUUGCAGCCAAUGAGGCCCACGUUGCGAGAGGCCGACGCAUUGGCAAUGUAUUUAUGCAGCCGGCGUCUCAGGUUCUCCCUUUUUUGUACGUAGGGAGUCAGGCGAAUGCGGCUGACAAGAAGCUGCUUCGGUCUUUAAAAAUUGAGAAGCUGUUAUGCGUGAAGGAGAUGAAUUAUGCGCCGGAUCCGGAGGGGAUAGAUUUGAUGUUUAUCCCUAUGAGUGACGACGGCAGCACGUCGUUGGAUAGCGUGCUAUCGCAGUGUUUCGAUUUUAUUAAGAAAUCCAGGGAGUUGGAGAAGGGGUUGCUAGUUUAUUGUCGAGGCGGGGUGAAUCGCUCGCCUACUGUCGUGCUCGCAUUUUUAAUGAGGUCCGAGAUGAUGACGCUGAAGGAGUCCUUCGAUCUUGUCAAGAAGGUGCGCCCUCAGAUCACUCCGUGCCUGGCAUACAUUAGGCAGUUGUUGGAGAUCGAGCGACGCCUCUUCGGGAAGGUGACUCUUAACGAGUCCGAGCAGCCAAGCCUAUUGAGUCUCGAGGAACGAGUUGAGAGGUGGCGCAAGCAAAAGGAGCGACGAUCGAGCACCGGAUCCGGAUCUAAGGGGUUUUUGCAAUCAGUGCGAGAAGUGUUCCAUUGGUAGAGCCGUGCGGAUGUAUUUACUGUGUAAAAUAAAGAGGCGUAUGUGCAGAACUGUUUCGUUGGCUGAACAAAUGCGUCUUGUUGGCCAUGAACGGGACGAGGGGCUCUGGAACCCUGACCGUCCCAUCGGCCAACUGGAAAUUCUCCAAAAUCGACAGAAUUACGCGCGGAACUGCGACCGCCGUCGCGUUCAGUGUGUGGACGAACUCGGGAGACGUCCCCUCCUCUCGCCUGCACCUAAUGUUCAAGCGGCGGGACUGGUAAUCCAGACAGUUGGAACAGCUGGUCACCUUCCGGCGCGAUGCGCAGUCAGAAAACACUUUUCAAAACGGCGCGCCUCUUCGGCCGAUCCUAAAAAUAGGAGCGCAUCGAAAGGGCGCGUCCCUCAAGAGUUCGAAUUGCUACGUACCUCUCCAUAUCCGUCUCUGUAGGGCAUCCACGUCUCUAUGUCGUACUUUCUGUAGGCCGGCGCGCCCAGGUCAUCCGACGGCAUGUCGAUGGCUCUGAAGUGGAGUCCCAGCUCUUGCAGGAGCUCGCACUGGAUGUCCAGGAGUUCCUGGUGCGUUUUUUUCGCUUUCUCCGGCCUCACAGAGGACGAACAUUUCCACCUUGGAGAACUGAUGGAGUCUAUACAGGCCGCGGGCCUCGCUGGUGGACCCCGUUUCCUUUCUGAAGCAGUGGCCGAACCCGACCAUCUUGAUCGGCAGAGAGCUCUUCGGCAGGAUCUGGUUGCUGUAGAAGGAGGCAAGAGGGAUCUCUUGAGUUCCGACGAGGCACAGCUCGGAGUCCUGAACCGCAUAGACUUGAGUCGCUUCGGUCCUGGGCUGAAACCCGCACGCCUCCACGUAAGAGUGGGAGAUCAGAUCCGGCGUCGUGAAGGGUGCGAAACCGUACUUAGACGAGACGAAUGUCGUAGCCCAGUUGAUGAGUGCGAGUUCCAGCAACGCCACGUCUCCCUUUCCAUAAUAAAAUUUGCUGCCUCCGCAAAGAUGAGAGAAAAAAA